AUGCAACCAAAACACUCGCCUGACAUCAAUAUUCACUUCCUUUUACAGCUCAAUAUCUUACUCAUGGAUUCCCCUCAGUCGGUCGUGUCCCCACUCAAGACCUCCUCUGUCCAUCCUGAGCCCAAGAAACAGCAGACCCCUAAGACCUAUCCUCCCCAGGAGAUGGAGAUAAAUUUCCAGAGCAAGGACAUUGGGGCCCACGAGGAGGACAACCAGCUCGGGACCCUGGACGUGUACAUCCACCAGGCCCGUGACAUCCACAACAUCUGCAUCUACCAGAAGCAGGAUGUUUACGCCAAGCUCUGCCUGACGAGCGACCCGGAGAGGUCCGUCUCCACCAAGAUCAUCCAUGGUGGGGGCCACAACCCUGUCUUCAACGAGGGCCUCCGCCUCGGGGUCCGCAACCCCGACUCGUCCCUCAAAUGUGAGAUCUGGAUGCUCAGCCGGGUCCGCAACUACAUGGAGGAUCAACUGCUCGGUUUUGCCCUGGUGCCCCUUUCCGAGGUCCUCCUGCAGCAGGGAGGUUCCAGGCUCCAGAAGGAGUUCUCCCUCUCAUCCACCGACCUAUUCCACUCCCCUGCUGGGUUCGUGGAGCUGUCCGUCUCCUAUGUUGGGGCCCAACCGGAUGUGAUCCGGAUCUCGGCCCCACUUCCAGUCCCGGACAGCGAGUCGAUCACGUCCCUUGUAAACGAGUUUGACCAGAUGGAGUUCCCGGACCCUAAGGUCGCAAACGAGAAUGACCAGAUGGUGGAGGAAUACAUUGAGAUAUGCACCAAGGCGGAGGAGGAGUCCCAGUGUGCUGAGAGUCUCGUCAGUUCGGAUGCCGAGGAUGGGGCCAGGCCAGAGGAGAGCCUGUCGGCUGGGAGUGAGUUGAAGGCCAACUCUUCCCCAAGCGAGAUCUCGUCUGCUUCUGCUCAGGUGAGUUCUGAGUCCUCCGAGACCUCUAAGGACCGGAAGUCUCCUGCCAAGGAGCCUGUUUUGGGCCCUGAGGAGAAACCCAAGGAGAAAAGUGAAAACAGGCUGGAUGCCAAGAAUGGUGAUGUGUCUGGUGGGGUUUGCGGGUCUGUGAAACCGCUCGUGAGCGUGAACGUUGAGCCAGAGCCGGAGCUGGUUCAGCAGGACAUAGUGGACAUGUACAUGAAAAGCAUGCAGCAGUUUACCGAGUCCCUGGCCAAGAUGAAGCUCCCCAUGGACUACGAAAACGGGCCGAGCAGCUCCGAGAACUCGACCACUUCAGAUCAUAAGACGCCGUCUUCCAAGAACUCUGGCUCUCGUGUGUUUUACGGGAGUAGAGCUUUUUUCUGA